AGGUCAAGGACACCUGGCUUCCUGACCUGAUGCUUACCAGUGGUGUGAUCUUGGCCAGGUUGUCAAGGCAGGAUUGAGAAGCUGUGGCCCUUAGGUGGGUCCAUGCGAGGUGAGGAGGAGUCAGAUGGGAUGCUGAUGCUGCCAGGAAAAGAGAAGAGAGGAAGAACGAUGGGUUGGGGGGAUGAGAACAUGAGUUCAGCUUUAAACCUUUUGUGUUUAAAGUGAGAGGUCUAGACUUACACCUCAGUAGUACUAUCUUUCUCCGUCUCUGAGCCCCUUGCCCAUGUGACCUGUUAGAAUUCCCACUUUGUGAGGUGCAGAAAGUCCAGGGACAGAUGAGCUCUGAGAAAGCUUGGCAGAAAGGGAUUAGGGCAUCCCUCCAAAGAUAACAGAGUCACAUGAGGAUGGAUGCCUUGAAGAAAGGGUACAGAGAAGGGGCAGGAUGACCAUAGACACACCUGCAGAAACCCCUGGUUUUUAUUUUUAUUUUUCAGUACAUUUAAUUUGAUUCAACAGACCCCCACAAAGUACAUUUCCUGAAAUUGUUAAGCAAAACCUCCUCAUGGUGUGAUUAACCCUGAUAACUGUCUCUUUCCACUUUUGUACUUGGCCAGUUGUAAAAAGAUGCAAAAAAAGACACAAGAUCUCUAACUGGGAUCAUUUAUUUGGCAUUGUCCCAAGUUUUGCUGCUGCUUAGUGUUGACUCUAUUUAGUCUGUAUUUGUAUAUUGUUCUUUUGGUUCCAUGUUUUUCACUUUGUCUUACUUCAUUCACACUGACAGAAUGCUAAUCCUGGAAUCAGGGAAUGUCCGAGUUCAGAUAUGUCCUCAGACCCUUAUUUUCUGUGUGAUUAACUCUCUCUGCCUUAGUUUUCCCAAUGGCAGAAUGGAGUCAUAAGGCAUCCACCUCCUGGGGGUUUGUGAGAAGCAGGCCCUGGCACUGAGCAGGGCCUUCUUGCUUCCUCCUGUUGCCUCCUCCUUCCCAGUGAGCCAGCAGCUCUUUACAUCCCGUGAGGAGUGGGGCAAGUGGCAGGGUCAGGCUGCUGUCUGGAGGGGUUUGGUGCCGUUGGCGAGUGGAGGAGGGGUGAAGAAUAAAGCAAGGGGGUUGGGGCUUCCCUUAACGAGUGGGGGGAGCUGAGCAUCUUCACAGGCUGGAGAGGAAGAGUCCAGUGGAUAGUUACUGACUGAAAAUGCCCAGGAGAAGGGCCAAGGGCCCAGAGGAGGCGGGAGGGUCACUGUGUGACCUGAAGCUCACUGGAGGACAAGCACACUGGGAGCUCAUCAGAGCACAGGCGCACCAGGAGCUCACCGGAGGAGGGGCCAUGGGACUGAGGAACGAGUCUGAGCUCUUUGGAAGGACAAUUCGCGUCAAUUUGGCUAAACCCAUGAAAAUUAAAGAAGGCUCUUCCAGACCAGUGUGGUCAGAUGAUGACUGGUUGAAGAAAUUUUCUGGGAAGACGCUUGAGGAGAAUAAAGAGGAAGGAGCAUCAGAGCCUCCCACGUCGGAAGCCCCGGAGGGAGAACCCCCAGCCAAAAAGGCAAGAGCCAAUCCUCAGGUGUAUAUGGAUAUUAAGAUUGGAAACAAACCUGCUGGCCGAAUCCAAAUGCUUUUGCGUUCUGAUAUUGUCCCUAUGACAGUAGAGAAUUUCCGUUGUCUGUGCACGCAUGAAAAGGGCUUUGGUUUCAAGGGAAGCAGUUUCCACCGCAUCAUCCCCCAGUUCAUGUGUCAAGCUGGGGAUUUUACCAACCACAACGGCAGUGGAGGCAAAUCGAUCUACGGCAAGAAGUUUGAUGAUGAGAAUUUUAUUCUGAAACAUACAGGGCCAGGGUUGCUGUCUAUGGCCAAUUCUGGUCCAAACACCAAUGGGUCCCAGUUCUUCAUCACUUGUGACAAGACAGACUGGCUUGAUGGAAAGCAUGUGGUUUUCGGUGAAGUCACUGAAGGCAUGGAUGUGGUACAGAAGAUUGAGGCUCAGGGCAGCAAAGAUGGGAAACCCAAGCAGAAAGUGCUCAUCUCAGACUGCGGCGAGUACGUGUGAGGUUCUCUGCUUCGUUCCCUGGGCUCCCAGCGUGCCCGGGAGCCAGAAGUCGUCAUCCGAGAUGCCUCAGCUGGAAACGGCCUUCUCCGGCUAGUGAAGGAAGGCUUGGAGCAUGGGGGCCGCUCUGUUGGCCCUGAGAGCCAGCGCCCCACCAUGGGGACUUGAGGGGAAGGCUGAGACCAGGACUUAGGGCUUCUGGGGCCUGCUGGGGCUCCUCAGGGCCUGCAAGGGUUGGUUUGUAUCAAUUGUAUAAAAAUAAAUUCUAGUUUUUCUGUU